GGCGCCUAACAGACUGCGGCUCCCAUCGUUCCUUGCGCGGGACCCCGGGGCCGGGGCGGAGAGGGCAGCGCUGCGGCAGCGGCGAUCGAGGCGGGCGGACUCGAAGCUGAGGAGCCGCUGUGCCUCCCUCCCUCCCCAUUGUGUGGAGCCCUAGAGCGGCAGCGGCUCCCCGGUGCCGGCCGCCAUCUUGUGCUGCUGGGAGCCCAGUGGGGCACCCUGAGCUCAGGCCACGAAGGUGGAGUGCGAGUGGGCCGCCCCUCCCCUCCCAACUGCCUGGGCCCUCUUCCCUCGCCUCAAGGCCCUGCCGCGGCAGAGUAGCCUCUGAAUGUAAGGAGGACCUGCCUCGAGAGAGCGGCUUCCCCUCCGCCGCUCCCCCCUGCCACAGGCCUGCCGCCUCACCCGUCUAGAGCCAGCUACACCCCGCUCUGUAGGUGCUGCUAGCAGGAGCACACUCCUCUUCGCCCAUAGCCUACGUAGGUCCUGCCACCGGAACAGGAGCAGCCCCACAGAGAGGGAAGCCGUGUCCACCCCAGCAGGACGUGCACUGUCCUAGAACUGAUGCCACCAUCCCCUAGAGGAGGCGGGUCCUCCUAACGGAGCCCUGCCCGGACCCCAAGGGCCAGGUCCUUGCCUCUCUACUCCACCCAGCCUAACCUAGGGAGAAGACAUUUUUUUCUCGCCCCGACGCUUGUGCCUCUUCCCCUGAACUAGACAAAAAGAUCAGGCGCUGCUGCUAUCCCAGACCUUGAGGAGACGCCCACUGACUUUGAACUGCUGCUCUCUAUCACCCACGAGCCCAACGCCCCAGAUCAGGAGAUAGAGACUCAGCCCUGACAAGCUGCUGACACUUCCCGCCCCAUCAGGAGACAGAGAGAAAGAGACCCAUCCAGAGGUGCGGCUCCUGCUCCUCGCACCACAGAUAUCAGGAGAGACCGCUACACCGAGCUACUACAACUGCAAAGACAUGAAGAUCAAGGAUGCCAAGAAACCAUCUUUUCCAUGGUUUGGCAUGGACAUUGGGGGAACACUGGUGAAACUUGCAUAUUUCGAACCUAUUGAUAUCACUGCAGAAGAGGAGCAGGAGGAAGUUGAAAGCUUGAAAAGCAUCCGCAAAUAUUUGACUUCCAAUAUAGCCUAUGGAUCCACUGGCAUUCGAGAUGUCCACCUUGAACUGAAAGACUUGACGCUUUUUGGCCGAAGGGGAAACUUGCACUUUAUUCGAUUCCCAACUCAUGACUUGCCUACUUUUAUCCAAAUGGGAAGAAAUAAAAACUUUUCAACACUACACACGGUGCUUUGUGCCACUGGAGGCGGUGCUUAUAAGUUUGAAGAAGAUUUUCGCACAAUUGGAAACCUCCAGUUGCACAAACUGGAUGAGCUUGACUGCCUUGUCAAAGGCCUGUUGUAUAUAGACUCUGUCAGUUUCAAUGGCCAGGCAGAGUGCUAUUACUUUGAAAAUGCCUCAGAACCGGAAAGAUGCCAAAAGAUGCCUUUUAAUCUGGAUGACCCAUACCCAUUAUUGGUUGUAAACAUUGGUUCAGGAGUCAGUAUUUUAGCAGUCCAUUCCAAAGACAGCUAUAAAAGAGUGACUGGAACAAGUUUAGGUGGAGGGACAUUUCUGGGUUUAUGCAGUUUAUUGACUGGCUGUGAAAGUUUUGAAGAAGCUCUUGAAAUGGCAUCCAAAGGGGACAGUACACAUGCUGAUAAGCUUGUCCGGGACAUUUAUGGAGGGGACUAUGAACGUUUUGCCUUGCCAGGAUGGGCAGUAGCCUCUAGUUUUGGGAAUAUGAUCUACAAAGAGAAGAGAGAAUCUGUUAGUAAAGAAGACCUGGCUAGAGCUACACUGGUCACGAUCACCAAUAAUAUUGGGUCUAUAGCACGGAUGUGUGCAGUAAAUGAGAAAAUAAACAGAGUUGUCUUUGUUGGUAACUUUUUGCGUGUGAACACUUUGUCAAUGAAGCUUCUUGCCUAUGCACUGGAUUACUGGUCAAAAGGCCAGCUGAAGGCCUUGUUCCUAGAACAUGAGGGAUACUUUGGUGCUGUUGGUGCUCUUCUUGGAUUGCCGAAUUUCAGCUGAAGUACCAGAUGCCACUACACUGAAUUGUUUUCCACCUGGUUGGCAUUAUUACUACAUUGUUGAAGUCAACGGGAACCAAAGGGAAAAAAAAGCAGCAGUUUUGCUGCAGUUCUUUUUAAAUUUAAGUGGUAAACUGCUGGAUGUUACCAUAUUAAGGAAGUGGGAUCUUGCUGUGUAAGGCAUUUUUAAGUGAAAUACCAGUGGGUUUUGCCUUAUCUCCAGUGCUUGUAGCCAGUUUUGAACUUCUAAUAUGCAAUACAUCCUCUGAAAAACAAGCUUCCAAAAGAGAAUUCCAGCCCUUUUAAGGGUCCAUCAUUUACAAUAGUGUGGACUUAAACAUGAAGCUUUAGUGCUAAGCAAAUAUCUUUUGUAGAUAAUCUGGUGAAAGUGGUUUAUUUUGAUGUUUGUUUUUUUGUCUCACUACUGCAUUGUACUAAGAGCAGAAUUGUAUGUUUAAGACAAUUGACCUGAAAACACCAAAGUGCCAUCAACAGAAAGCUAAGCUAUGUAGUGUAGAAGAUCAUUUCUCAGUAUAAGGACUGCAUAAAGUGUUACAGCACUUACUGAAACAUAUUAAUUGCAGAGUUGUAAUGUUUAAUGGGAAAAAAUCUAACUUGUUUUUUUAGCAAAUAUAUUAAGUGAAAAUACAGAGAAGAGCAGCUACUGCUGCAUUUCCACAUAUCUGUACUCUUGUGAAGCUUUACAUUUGUUCAAUUCAUUUAUUGAAAGGUAGAUAUGGUAUUUUGGGAAGAUCCCUUUGGAUUAGGUUCAUGAUUCAAAGAACAGCAAGCCUUUAAAAAAGGCAUCUGACAUCCAAAAUUCCAUGACCUUACAUUCUAAAUCACAAAAUUUUGAUUUCAUUCUCCUCUACUUGUGAAAGUCACCACAAAACCUGGAGUAUAUCUGCCCAAAAGAGGCCCGGGACUAAAAUUAUUACAGCUUGUAAUUCUGUUGCUUUGGCAUAUCUUUGUGAGGAAGCUUGUACAAAUUCUAUCCCUGCUCUACCAAUUUGAAAGCAUUUAGUCCUUCAUUUCAUUAAUCUUAAACAAGAUAUUUCACUUCUAGUAAGUCAGUCUCAAAUCUAGGUGGAUGAUUUUAAUUUAUCUUGUUUUGAAUUGGAAGUUUGUUUUUUGUAGCUCCAGAGUUUGUAUUGCAGAGUCAAAAGGACCAGUGUUUAGUAUACUUUGUUAAACAAUUCCCAUUAUUGCAAACUGUGGCCUUGGGAUAAACUCCAUAUUCUGAGACUAGCCUGUGUUUUGUCUACAUACUGUGUUCUCAGACUAUUUUAAAUUUUACAAUAGUUGUUUUACUGUGAGAAGUGUUGCUGCAGCCAGGAGAUAAAGGCUUUAGACUGGAAAGACCAUGUCAGAAGUCAAGCCAGCUAUGUAUGUCAGUGUAUUUUUUUUUUUUUUUUUUUAGUGUACCUCAGAAGAAAUACCCAAUUUUGCAGUAAAUUAAUGUUAAGUAUUUCCUGUAUAUGCAUAAAAAGCUAUAUCUGACAAGAACUCAUUGAUAUGUUGGAAUUAAACCUGUUUUUUAAAUGGAUAUGACUCUAAAUCAAGUAAAUGAGUAAGUAUUCCAGAACAUUGCUAUGUUGUAUUACAGCAGUAUCUGAACUUCUUAGUCACAUUACCUUUCCACAUAAUAUGCAUAGAGGGGACUGAAAAUAGUAAGUAAAAAAUUACUCUUUCUGGGGUUUUGGGUGUUUGUUUUGUUUUUGUUGUUUUUUUAGUUGAACUCUAUAAAAUUUCCUAAGGCCUGAAGUGCAGUGACUCUUAUAGGGCUGAGAAGGAGGCCAUUUCAUUCAACCCAGAGCAAUGCCAACUUCAAAUAUAGUUUGUCAUUGCUGCUGAGCACCUAAGCUAAAUUUCCAUUGUGAAGACUUUUAAAUUGAGGCUUCAGUCUGGAAAGAAAUAGAAUCAUUUCUAGAACUAUGCUUAUCAUUGAGCAAAGGCAGCAUCAAUCUAUGAAGCAAGUUGAUACAGCUUGGGUAAAGUGUGUCUUUAUGAAAGUUGCGAGAGGUUUUACCAUGACUGAGUGUAAAAUCUAGUAGCUUAGUUAGUUUGAAUUAACAGCCAGUAGUAGGAAGAAGUAAUUUAGACUUGUUUCUUCUAUGAACUUUUCACAGAGAGAUUAUUUGAAGGCUUAUUUUUCUGCAGGUUGUAUUAGCCUGAUACAAAGUUUCACACCCCAGAUGCUUGCCUUUCUGAGGGAUGGAGACUUAGUACUUCAGCAUUAUGUCAUGCAGUUUGGCAAGAAACACUUUAGCUAGUCCAUAUCCGUUGUCAUAGAUUACUUCUUCCAUAUACAUCCUGUACUACUGGAGCAUAAAAUGUUUUUUUUUUUUUUUUGCGCUGGAGAGUGUUCAGGCACAGUUGCUGAGGUUUAUUUGGUUAUUAUUUUUUUUUUUCAAAAACUUACAAACACACCUUUUUGUCAUCCAAGAGUUUACAAAGAUUGAUUGUACCUUUAGAGGGGUCACUAAGCAUUGUAAGUACAAAUGAAAGUAGCUUUAAAUUUCUUCAUCUAGACCUGUACCUGUAUACAGACCAAAAGAACCUUGCCAGGGCUCCCUUCAGCAAUUCAAUCUAAAGUAGAUUAAUUUCUUUCUUCAAUGCUUUUGCCUUCACAUUUGGCAUUCCUUUGUCUCAAUGCUACUUGAAGUUUCCUUACAGUGAAGGAACUCAAACAAGCGGUCACAUGCUAUAGCAGAGGAAGUGCAACAACUUUCUUUGCAAGCUUGUGGAUCCUCAUGGCUACUGCUGACUUCUCAAAGAGGGAACCAUUUUCUUCAAGUAGAGGUUUUCCACUUGAAAGAAAAAGGCAAAGUUAAUUCUCAAUGCAGCGGGUCUCCGAUCAAGCAGCCAGACGAGUGCCUUCAGUUUCUCACGUGGUGCCAAUGAUGUUAGUUUUGCUGGCACUGCAACUUCAUGUAAGAGCAUUCUUGGCGCCAGUAAUACUUUUGUCACCCCAGACUGUUUACUGUAGAUGUGGACAAUAAUUGUAUCAGCAUUUUAGAUGAUCCGCUAGACCAGUCAAGAAGACAGUAUGAGCUUUGUGGCCUCCCAUCUUCAUGGCAAGCUAGUCUACUUUUGUUGGAGUAGUCAUGCCUACCAGUUUGUCUCCCCUCCCUCCCAUUUGGAUUUGUCCAUGCAUUAUGUCAAAAUGUUUAGCAUGUCAUUGUGUCUCUGCAAUGAUGUUUGUUUUUCACUCCACAAGUACAGGCUGUUUCUGGAUGCUUCAUUUUUAUAUGAAGAUAUCAUAGACUCAUUGGUAUGGCUAACAAACCUCAAACCACUCUCAGCACCUUUCUAGUUGGGCUUAAGGUAACUGCACUUUAAGGAACUCCUUUUUGCUACAUAUUUUGGACCUUUAAGUUUAAGACCAAAUCUAGAAUACUGGCAUUAUGUUUUUCUGUUAAGUCUUUUUUUAAUGAAUCUAAUAGUAUUGCCACUUGUAUAAACAACUUUUCUAUAAAGCAUCAUUCCAUUUAGAAUCUGAGAAUGUAAAGACUCUGAGCAGAUCAGUUUUCCCUUUUUUGUCAUUAAGAGUUUUGCUUGCAGUGACAUGCAUCCAGCAACAAAGCACUUAUGAAGCGUCAAUACCACAUGCAGUGCUAUUUACAUUUUUGGUAUUAAGAGAGUUGGAAGCCAGGCUGUGUUACCCAUUUUCAAUCUCUAAGGGAUACUUAAGAAAUUAACAAUUCUGGUUCUUCAAUAAUACUUUUGCCUGUGUAUUAGUUGUAUUGAGAGGUUCUAUUCCUAUUGCAUUCAGGUGGUUGGUAGUACACGUCUUGUAUAUACAUGUAAGGUAUUCCUUGCUUUUUUAGUGUGAGGAGAAUAAACAGCCUUUGUUAUAUUACAAUUUUUUAUAUUCUACCUGAACCAGUGUAGAUAUUUCAUAAAGCACCACAUUUUUGGAAGUGUUUUUUUAAGAAGCUGGCCCAUUCCAAAUAACUGUGGCAAUAACUUAUAUUUCCUAAUGUUUUAGGAUAGCUGUGGGAGUUUAACAUUUGAAAGUAUUUCAAGGUGCUUGCACUUAGAGCAAAGUUGUGCUCUUUAAAGACUAAUCAGUGUCUUAUGUUUAUUCAUCAUAUAAUCUUUCUUUCAUGCCUUUACUGUUUUGUAAAUAUCUCAUUCAUUAUAAAUCCUCUGUAAAUGAAUUGUUGGUAUCCUAAGGAGACAGAUUAGUUUAGUUCAUAACCGAAUUGGAGACAAGAUGGUCUUGUUACUGAUUACUUUAAGAAAAACAGAAGUAUUGAGGUUGAACUAGUGCAGCUAAAUAGGUGUAACCCACUUUCUCCUGCAUCUAAUUUAAUGUGUAGUCAAGCUGGCUAUUUCUUAUGUUCAUGUUCUCCUUAUGAAAAAGAGAUUUCUCCAUCUUUCCCACAUACGGGUAUUUAGAAAACCUGCAAUGUGUAGAGUUGUUGGGUUUUGUUUGGAUUAAGGAAUUUACGCAAAAUAUUGAGGGUCAUACUAAGUAUUACCUAGCUGUGUCUUUUACAGUAAUAAGUCGACAAGCACGUUUGAUAAAUACAGUUGAAGUUAAAUUUUGAUAAAAUUCUUCCCCUUCAGGCUAAAGCACAGUGGCACAGGAAAUUUUCAGCUCAUUAAGAGUAGAGUUGGUGGGUUAAUUGUCUGCAAAGACUUAAUCAAGUUUAUGGAAGUUUGUGUUUGAUAUGGAGCUGAUGGGGGGGCACUAAGAUGCCUUCUCACAGCACAGAGCGAUAAUUUCCCCACUUACAGUCCACAAAACACUUAAGUGCAUAUUACUAAACUCUCUUGAUCAGUUGUAUCUGGCUUUUCUUGUUAAUAUAUUCCAAAUAUUGUUACCAGUAUUCUAAAAUUUAAUAAUAUCUUUAAAGAAGACUUGAAGAUAAAGAAUAUAAAGUCUGCAAACAAGCCUGUUUUCCAAGAUGAGUUUACCUUCUUAGAUCUCUGACAUGUAUCACUGUAUUAUUGUAACACUGACUGCCAAAUCCUGCUUGUCCUAGUUGCUAAGUAGUCUGUUGGUUUAAAUGGGAACUACUCUUAGCAGUAAUGAAACAUUUUGCCCCAAGAUUCUUUAAAAAAAGCCAUUCAAAUGGGGAAAACUGUAGUGCUACUUUGCAUAUUGCUGCUGGUGCUAAAUCAAUUGAAAAAUUUAGAAUCAAAAUAAGUUGUAAAUAGAAUUAAUAUUUAUGGCCUGGUCCUUUUGACAGACUUGAAAUUUGUCAAGUUGCAAAGAUUUCUCAUGGCCUUAUGUUGAGCUUCCUUUUUUAUAUAUUUGGAUUGAAAUUCAUUGAAGUCAAGACAUUCAUGUGGCUGGCUUUCUGUGCUGCUUUCUGUAAAGCAGAUUACAUUCAAUUUGUGCAUUUGAUGACAUGGAUCACUUUCCAUUUCUAGAAUUUCAGUUUUAAAACUAGCUUUAGAUGUUAAUCUUAUACUUUCCCAUGCUUUGUCAUUGUAGCUGUUUAGAGUAGACAAAGUUUUUUAGUACCAACUACUAUGGGCUCACCGUGUGUCAUUCUGUGUUAGCACUUCAAAAAGUACAGCCAUUACUGUAAGUAUUUACCAUUUUUGUUGAAAAUUGUGAAUAUUUAAAGUUAAUUUUAAAGGUGUAACUUGUUAAGUAAUCCUAUCCAUAAAAUAAACUGAAAUAGGGUUUCUGAAUUGUUAAUCUGGAGUAAUAACCGUUUUAAUCUGUUCAAAUUUCACUAUUCCUUCAGCAUGGAUGUUUUAGACCUUUGUAAAUACAAAGUCUUUAAGCAGUUACAUUGGUUUCAGAUUGAACAUUACAAAAGACUCCUUUAAACACAGAUAUUUUUAGGGAAUGAGGAUGUUUGGAAAAAACUAAAUUCGCAGUACCAAGAACCUGAAAAUUUGUGUUACUUUGGUGUUCAGAUUGAGAUGGGACAUAAGCAAAAAUUUGUCUCUUGUAUUUUCAUAGUCCGCACCAUCUGUUUUUACAUUUGGCAUUUUAACCAUUUGUAUUUUAUCUCUUAAUUGCUAGGCAAUUUUCUUACCAUGUGUAGGCCUUCUAGUGACCAAAUCAUACAUUCAGAGUUCUUUUAGUUCCUUAGCAAAAGGGACAGCAAAACCAUAAACUCCAAACCCACGUGAGGAGGAUGUUCUCCGUAAGAGCCAUUUCAGUUAAGUUGCCUUAUUCUAUUGUAUUGUACUUAUGUUAUGUCUGAGCUUAUUUGUUUACUGUUCUGACACUGAAGAUACGAUGUAAAAAGUACAAUGUGCUGCAAAUUUGUAUUAACUUUAUUAAAUUAUACCUUUAUGUAAACUGUAGUACAUCUCUUGUAAAUUGUUUAAUUUAUUUUUUCAUUUUAUAGCUGCUCAUUAUUGAAUGUACAGAAUAGAUUUAAUGUAAUUAAGUAUUUUCAUUGUGGCCAAAUUGAUUGUGCCUACAAUGUAAUCCAUCCCCAUCAAAACUGUAUAUAACUCUUUACUGCUUGCUUGCAUAAAUGAAGUUUGGAUUUAAUUUACUUGUUUGUACUGUAUUGCCAUAAGCCAACUUCAAUAUGAUGGACCUACUUUUUUGUAGUUUAUUUUUCUGGUUUUGUUACUGUUUGUUCAGUAUGAAUGUUGAAACAGUACUCUCUUACUUUUCCUAAUAAAUAACUCCAGAUAGUUCA